GAACAAUCCUCCCACACCCCCUCCGCAAGCGCCAAUGCCUGCCAACAAUCACCGUCCCUUUCUCAUUUGUCUCAGCGUAGCAAUGCCGCCUCAACAAAGGUACCUUUAAAACUCGUCCCAGAAAAGGACGUCUUGCAGCGAGUAAUGGCCGCACAAGCUGAUGUACGACGCUUGGCAAAACCUCUAUGUGAGUUAGACCCUUGUCUAGUUACGCCUUAUAACUUCUUUAUUUGAUGUCGCUACAGUGGGCUGUGAGCGUGGUCUUUAUGUCAUAUUUCCCGUCCCCUGUGUUCCCUUUGCGGUGCUUACAGAGCAACGUACACCCUUCGACAUCAGCAUUAGAACUCACCGCGAAAUCAUGACAUUGGCCGUUGACACGAACUCAAAGUCUAUGGUGGCACCUGCAGGAACUUUCAAGAUGUGCCAUCCGGCGUGGUUUGAACGGAAUGAUGACAGUUCUAUGUCUACUGAAAGCUCCGCUAUCACCAAGGUGGUCAAUGUGGUGGCUAAACGUUGGUUUUACAGGGAUCCUGUUGAUGCUGCAGAUACCGGUGCAGGCCGUGGUCGGAAACGACUGACCACCAAAGAUGAACUGGCAAAAAUGCUUGACGAGGCAAAUUGUCUGUAUUGGGGUACAAGCUUGAUGAAUUUAGCCUACGACGCUGUUGACGAGUUUAUAUCGCAAUCCGGGGGCCACUGUACCAUCCAUAUCCCUCAACUCUGUGUUGUUCACGCUGGGUUAGCUGUCCCUCAAGAUGCAAGACAUGGCCGCAGUGCUGUAUACCUUCUUGAAGAAAUAAUCGAGGGAAAAUUCAUCAAAUACGUCAACAACAACAGUGCAACACCACGCAACGGUCUUGGUAGGGCUGAGCAUGAUAUUGCCCUCUUCUUGUGCUUUGCACAACACUUACAGUAUUGGCUGUCUCGUGGCCUUGUUUUUCUCUCGGACUUUCAGGGGGCUGGGACACUUUUAACAGAAUGCCAAGUCAUUACAACAAUGUGUCUAGGCUGUUUCUUACCUGGUGGUUAUCAUAUAGACCUGUUAUCUCUCCUAGGGAAUAUGCAUCAUAAACUCUCGAAAAUUUCCCCCAACUCCAUACUUGUAAUGAUUUUUGUGUCUACUUUGGCCUGCCAGUAUUGAUACCCAAGGUAGGUGUGUUCUGAUUCUGCUGCCUAAUUUAUUUUCUUCUUCCUGACCUUACAGGAACGAGGGAACGAUGAUAGUGGGGAGGUUAUGGAUGUAGAUGCAGAUGUUGGAAAGAAAGCUGUU